AUGAGCGAAGAUCAAUCCUGGAAAUCACAAUUAAAUAUCCCAAAGAAGGAUACGAGGCCCCAAACUGAAGAUGUUUUGAACACUAAAGGUAACACUUUUGAAGAUUUCUAUCUGAAAAGAGAACUGUUAAUGGGUAUAUUUGAAGCUGGUUUUGAAAAACCCUCGCCAAUUCAAGAAGAAGCUAUUCCGGUGGCGAUAGCCGGGAGAGAUGUUCUCGCAAGGGCUAAGAACGGUACUGGUAAGACUGCAGCUUUUGUUAUUCCAGCUUUAGAGAGAGUUAAGCCUAAAUUGAAUAAGAUACAGGCAUUGAUUAUGGUUCCCACCAGAGAGUUAGCGUUACAAACUUCGCAGGUGGUGCGUACUUUGGGUAAGCAUUGUGGUGUUUCAUGUAUGGUGACCACAGGUGGUACCAACUUGAAGGAUGAUAUUUUGAGAUUGAACGAGACAGUGCAUAUUUUGGUAGGUACUCCAGGAAGAGUACUAGAUUUGGCUUCCAGAAAAUUAGCCGAUUUGAGCGAAUGUUCCUUGUUCAUUAUGGACGAAGCCGAUAAGAUGCUUUCCCGCGAUUUCAAGACCAUCAUUGAACAGAUCUUAAUCUUUCUACCUCAAUCAUACCAAUCACUGCUUUUCAGUGCUACUUUCCCUCUAACAGUUAAGGAGUUCAUGGUCAAGCACUUAAACAAACCGUAUGAGAUUAAUUUAAUGGAAGAGUUGACAUUGAAGGGUAUCACUCAAUACUACGCAUUUGUCGAGGAGAGGCAAAAGCUUCACUGUCUCAAUACUCUGUUUUCAAAGCUGCAAAUCAAUCAAGCUAUCAUCUUUUGCAAUUCUACUAAUCGUGUUGAACUACUGGCCAAGAAAAUCACCGACUUAGGUUAUUCAUGUUACUAUUCGCAUGCAAGAAUGAAACAGCAGGAGAGGAAUAGGGUUUUCCACGAGUUUCGCCAAGGCAAGGUUCGUACUUUGGUUUGCUCAGAUCUGUUGACUCGAGGUAUUGACAUUCAGGCAGUGAAUGUAGUGAUAAACUUCGAUUUCCCUAAAACUGCGGAAACCUAUCUUCACAGAAUUGGUAGAUCCGGGAGAUUUGGUCAUCUUGGAUUAGCCAUCAACCUAAUCAAUUGGAAUGAUCGCUUCAACCUCUACAAAAUUGAGCAAGAAUUGGGCACCGAAAUUGCAGCAAUCCCAGCAACUAUUGAUAAGUCCUUGUACGUUGCAGAAGAUACCUCUGCUGUUCCCGUUCCAUUCCCCAUUCAACAACAGCAGACAGUACAGCUUUCCCAACCUCAACAAUACGUGCCACCACAGCAACAAAAUCACCAAAUUCACCCCCAAGUUCAUCCGCUUCAGACAAUGUCUCAACCUCAGCGUGGCAUAUCUCCUCAAGAUAUACCUCCACCUCAAAUGCAAGGACACUUCGCCGCGCAGCCUCAGUACUGA